GGCGGUGUGGACUGCUAAGCUAUAACCCGUGGACCCACAAAUGUUGUUAUGGUAAAGUGGUGUCCAAACGUUUCACCUGUCCAGCGAAAUGUGGUCUUGUUGGCUAUAAUCCGUGGACCCAAAAGUGUUGUUACGGUAGAAUAGUCUCCAAACGUUUCACUUGCCCAGCCAGAUGUGGAUUGGUAAGCUAUAAUCCAUGGACCCACAGGUGCUGCUACAACAGAGUGGUUGUAAAGAGUUUCCCCUGCCCAGCCAAAUGUGGCCGUAUCAGCUAUAAUCCAUGGACCCAGAAAUGCUGUUAUGGUAAGGUGGUGUCCAAAAGUUUUAGUUGUCCGGCCAGAUGUGGGGUGGCGAGCUACAAUCCCUGGACCCACAAGUGCUGCUACAACAGAGUGGUUCUAAAGAGUUUCAUCUGCCCAGCUAAAUGCGGCUAUCGAAACUACAAUCCGUGGACCCAAAAGUGCUGUUAUGGUAGAAUAGUCUCCAAACGUUUCAGUUGCCGAUUCAGAUGUGGAUUUAGAAGCUACAAUCCACGGACCCACAAGUGCUGCUUUAACAGACUGGUUGUAAGGAGUGUUACCUGCCCAGUCAAAGCUUUUGCGGCCUUAUCAGCUACAAUCCACGGAUCCAAAAGUGUUGCUAUGGCAAAGUAAUUUCUCUGUAUUCUGUUUGCCAACUACAUUACUAGAGGUAAUUUUCCUGCAAGAAUAUUUAGAAGUAAGGUGAAGCUUAACCCAGUAAGACGUGCUUUGUCAAAUGUGCUGAUAGUAACUUAACAAUGUAAAACUGACACGAAGAGAAAAAUAAAUUUAUCAUUUUUCCUCUGCA